GACACAGAGAUGGUUCGGUCCCAGCAUUGAGGGGUUUUGCAGCAUCCUCAAGGUGCUGGACUAUUGAACUAAGCCUAGGAAAGGUGAGCAGAGCCAUUUGGGGGAGACAGCGAGGCAUCAAUUUGGUGGCAGAGGAGGAGAACCAAGCAGGCAAAGGCUGCCAGAACCCUCCCUUUUCCUCGCUCUACAAUUUCCCAGUAUUGAUAGGGGAUAGAGAAGAGUCGCCCACCUUAUCCAGAGCUUCAAAGGGCUGAAGAAUACCAUUUUGAUCUCCUUCUUUUUGUCCAGAAUUACCAUGAAAGGGGAGACACCAGUGAACAGCACCAUGAGUAUUGGCCAAGCCCGCAAGAUGGUGGAGCAGCUCAAGAUUGAAGCCAGCAUGUGCAGGAUAAAGGUAUCAAAGGCCGCGGCUGACCUAAUGACCUACUGUGAUGCCCAUGCCUGCGAGGACCCGCUCAUCACUCCGGUGCCCACCUCCGAAAACCCAUUCCGAGAGAAGAAGUUCUUCUGCGCUCUCCUCUGAGCAACGUUUGUGUCCCUCACUGCAGCCCCAACCAGUUUCGUAAGGCCAGAUGGCACAAGAGCCUUUUCUCCUUUCCUUUGUCAAUUCCCCUAUUAGUUAUGGAGGCCCAGAGUUACCUGCACAACUCGGCCUCCAUCACCAACCAGCUUAUUACAUACACUUCACCUGAGCACAAUAACCAAUCCAAGCAGGAUGGACGCAGUUCCCCAGCUCUUUCCAAGAAGAGGACUCUCCAUUCCAUUUUACAAAGGAGAGGAAGAGAAACAGCACAUUGUUUACCUGCCAUGAAGGUGUAUUCUGGGCUGUCUAGUUCUUCUCCAGUAUUCCCAGUGGGAUCUCAAAUUCAUUUAGUCCCAUUGGAAUAUAAUAUAAACAUUCAAUGUGGAGUGUUUUGUGACAAAACUACCAACCAGGUUUAGCUAAUCAGAGCCCUCUAUUCUCCCAACCCAUCCAUUUUAGGAAAAGGUCCAGUGUUUUCCAAAUGGUUUUGUGCAACCACUGUUCAUCUGCCUUGUUAUCAGAGAGCACAGAAAAGGAAUAAAAUUGGAGACACUAAA